AUGGCCAGCAGUAGUAGGAUGGACUCGAGUCUGCCUCAGCAGCCCAAUCUGCGAUUAACUAUCAUCGCUGCUGAUGGGCUAUACAAGCGUGAUGUCUUCAGAUUCCCAGACCCUUUCGCAGUGGCGACCCUCGGCGGUGAACAGACGAAGACUACGAGCGUUAUCAAGAGAACCCUGAACCCAUACUGGAACGAGAGCUUCGAUUUGCGCGCAUCCGAGGAUAGCAUUCUAGCGGUACAAAUAUUUGACCAGAAGAAGUUCAAGAAGAAGGACCAAGGGUUCCUUGGUGUCAUAAAUGUUCGCGUGGGCGAUGUGAUUGAGCUAUCAACAGCGCAGGAUGAUCAAAUGCUCACCCGCGACCUUAAAAAGUCGACUGACAAUUUGGUGGUCCAUGGGAAAUUAAUCAUUAACCUUUCCACGAACUUAGAAGCGCCGCCUCGAGGAAACUUAGGACCCGGAGCCAAUUCAAAUGCCUCGAGGCCGUCUAUGAGCACCCCCCACGGAUCGACAGCCUCUGGGUUUUCAUCAAACCCCCCACCAUCACAUACACCGCAGCCUCCAGGAGCCGCUGGGGUGGUUAUGGCUAAUGGAAACAUGUCCACGCAACCCACACCAGGACAUGCUCCAGCUGCUGGCAGUGCCGGCGGCGGCCUGAACGCACCUAACGGAAAUCCUCCACCUCGAACCAAUGGUACAUUUAGCUCAUUUGAGGAUGCUCAGGGGAGGUUGCCGGCUGGCUGGGAAAGAAGGGAAGACAAUCUAGGUAGGACGUAUUAUGUGGACCACAACACCAGGUCCACAAGCUGGACCAGACCAACCGCUGGAGGAACUGCAGAAACCCAAAGGAAUGAGCGUGAUGCGAAUACCCAAGUGGAACGCCAAAGACAUCAGAACAGAACCUUGCCGGAAGAUAGAACGGGUGCUAACUCUCCAAAUCUUCCACCACCACAGCAGCAACAGGCACCUUCCCCACCAGCCGGUGCGAGCGGGAGCGCGGCUAAUUCCGCCACUAUGAUGGCUACGGGAGCAACCACAGCUGGCACUGGGGAGUUACCACCACUCUGGGAGCAGCGACAUACUCCGGAAGGCCGCCCCUACUUUGUAGAUCACAAUACUAGAACCACGACCUGGGUCGACCCGAGACGUCAACAAUAUAUUCGUAUGUACGGGGGUCAAAACGCCAACAACACUAUCCAGCAACAGCCAGUGUCCCAGCUUGGACCAUUGCCUAGCGGGUGGGAAAUGCGGCUCACCAACACUGCAAGAGUGUAUUUUGUCGACCAUAACACCAAAACGACAACCUGGGAUGAUCCGAGACUUCCUUCUUCCCUAGAUCAAAACGUUCCCCAAUACAAGCGCGAUUUCCGAAGGAAGCUCAUUUAUUUCCGAUCGCAACCAGCUCUCCGCAUCCUAUCUGGUCAAUGUCAUGUUAAGGUUCGCAGAUCUCAUAUUUUCGAGGACUCAUAUGCUGAGAUUAUGCGACAAUCUGCCACGGAUUUGAAGAAACGUCUCAUGAUCAAAUUCGAUGGCGAAGACGGUCUCGACUAUGGUGGUCUUUCGAGAGAGUUCUUUUUCCUCUUGUCCCAUGAAAUGUUUAAUCCCUUUUAUUGCUUGUUCGAAUAUUCUGCGCACGACAAUUACACCUUACAAAUCAACCCUCAUUCUGGAAUUAACCCGGAACAUCUGAACUAUUUCAAAUUCAUCGGCCGUGUUGUUGGUCUCGCUAUCUUCCAUCGACGUUUCUUGGAUGCAUUCUUUAUCGGCGCGCUGUACAAGAUGAUGCUCAACAAAGCCGUGUCUCUCUCAGAUAUGGAAGGUGUAGACGCAGAUUUUCACCGCAGUCUUCAGUGGAUGUUGGAUAACCCUAUUGAAGGAGUUUUGGAACAAACAUUUUCUACCGAGGAUGAACGAUUUGGAGUUACGAAUGUUGAGGAUUUGAAACCUGGCGGAAGAGAUAUUGACGUAACUGACGCCAACAAGAAAGAAUACGUAGAUCUUAUGGUCAAGUGGAGAAUCCAAAAGCGCAUUGAUGAGCAGUUCCAGGCCUUCAUCACUGGGUUCCACGAGCUCAUUCCAGCUGAGCUUGUUAAUGUAUUCGAUGAGCGGGAGCUGGAGUUGUUGAUUGGUGGUAUCGCUGAGAUUGAUGUUGAGGAUUGGAAGAAGCAUACCGAUUACAGAGGAUAUACUGAGUCCGAUGAGGUUAUCAAAUUCUUCUGGCAAACAAUCAGAAGCUGGGAUGGGGAACAAAAAUCCCGUCUUCUGCAAUUCGCAACUGGAACUUCUCGUAUUCCAGUCAAUGGGUUCAAGGAUCUUCAAGGUAGUGAUGGUCCUAGACGCUUUACGAUUGAGAAGCAGGGAGAAGUGGGAAACUUGCCCAAGUCCCAUACAUGUUUCAAUCGUCUUGAUCUUCCAGCAUACAAAUCCCUCGAGCAGCUGCAAACAAAAUUGACGAUGGCCGUAGAGGAAACGAUGGGUUUUGGUCAAGAGUGA